AAACAUUUCUUAAAUAAGCAAAUAGAAAUUAAAAUAGAAAAAAAGAUGGCAAAAACUUGUUUGAAGAUGGCAAUACUAUUUCUAGUUGCAUCACAUUGCAUUUUACUCUCAAUGGCAUGUGCAUCUAAUGGAGAUUGUUUGUACUAUAGAUGUGAUGUUGGAAAUCAUCCAAUAUGUUCUAAAAAUCAAUGCACAUGCGUAGCAGAUUCACUGGAUGGAGUUCAAUAUUGUCACAACGAUAAGGAUUGCAAACCUCUUUGUCCUCCAAACUGUGGAAUUACAAACUGUAUUGGUGGAAGAUGUAUUUGUAGUUGUUAAACCAUAUCAUUCAACACACAUUUUAUCAAUAAAAUAAUAGU